CUCAACAUGAUGCUCCUUGAUAUCACCCUACUCUUCUUAGCGGGCGCCAUGUCCGCGGACGCUCAUGCGGUCCCUGUGGCCGUGGCGGCGGAAGCAGCAGCAGCACCCACAACUGUUGCCGUCUUCCUUGGUGCUAAGAGGGACGGCGAGUACUCCUUUGACGCGAGCGUUAUUGCGGCAGACGCCGUGGCCACAACGUAUGAGAUCCGUUGCCAAUCGGGCCAUCUCAACAUGCCCGGAUUCCCCACGACCACCUGUGAUCAGAACGACCCGCCCUGGACGGUCACCGAAGGACCCUCGACCAUGGUUGGCAUCUUGUCGACGGCCAUUGAGAGCGUAACGGCUGUCCUGGACGAGACCUGCGUGAUAGAGGGCCGCACCGCCGCGUACUGCAACUACACCUUCUCGGGCAACUCCGCGGGCCAGACCACUUCGACUGCGUACACAACCAUCAUCACGGGUGCUCUCUUCACGGCAUACCCUGUUGUGGUCACAGCCGGGGGCGAGAAGCUUCCUCCUGUUCCGACAGGUCCUCCGGCACUUUGA